CGAAUAAGUCACUUUUAUAUAAAAUUACAUGGAAAUAUUCGAAUACAUUUUAGUAAUGCCAAACGUGAAUGCAGUCAGUCCAGGCUUUCUUCUUAUCUUAAUAUAUCCGAUAUAGUGAUUUCCGACAUAAUUUCCAGCUGAUUUUAAUUUGUGAUAUGAAAUAUCUGGACAUGUUUUCGUAAACAUAAUGUGAUUUGGCGCUGAAUGUGAGUGGAAUAGGGGUAGAUCUUGGCCUAAACCCCUUGUACCUCAUUUGAGUUAAUUAGGUUGAUUUUUAAAUACAUACCUAUAAAACUAUUAAAAGGAUUAUAUGAAGAAAAGAGCGAAAAUAAUUGACCUGAUACUUGUUUACGAAUUAAUACAAUAUAAAUGGAUUCCACAUCGUUUAGUAGUGAUAGCUCAACGCAUACACAUAUUUGUUUCAUUUCUAUCACGGCUUGUGUAGAUUUGUGAAGAAUUGCAGAAUAAAAAUAUAUACGAGUACUCAGUCCAUACAUAUGUAUAUACAAAUGUACAAGUAUGUUGUCUGCGGUAAUAAUGUGGUGAAUUCGUUAGUGUGGAAUAAAAAUGUAUCUUUCGGCAUUAAUUUACUCGCUACCUUUUUCUGUGUACGAUCUACUUUCAAAACCAGUUCUUGGAGUAAACUACACAUAAGCAAGUGGAACGAUCAUACAGACAGUAUCGAAGUACAUACAUAUGUGCCAACUCUUUAGUGGCACGUCAGAUAAUUUAUAGUUCUAGAACAAAUUUUAAUUUAACUUUAUAUAUUAUAAAAAGUGGAUAAUACAAUGAAAAAAUCUGAUCAAAUUAAACUCAAGGGCAAUGCUGAAAAUUUGAAACCGAAAAAAAAAGAUAAAGUAAUCAAAUGGAUAACAUUUGGAACAAUUGUAGUUUUGACUAUUUGCACGCGUUACUACAAAGUUGCAGAACCUGACCAUGUUUGCUGGGAUGAAACACAUUUUGGAAAGAUGGGUAGCUGGUAUAUUAAUAGGACAUUUUUCUUUGACGUUCAUCCACCAUUGGGAAAGAUGCUUAUUGGACUCUCUGGAUACGUAACUGGGUAUAAUGGUACAUAUCCGUUUGAAAAACCAGGAGAUAAAUAUAACGGUUCACGCUAUGAAGGAAUGCGUUAUUUUUGUACAACCCUGGGUGCACUCAUAAUGCCCAUGGCUUUUGACACUGUCUAUGAUUUGACACAAUCAUGCGAAGCAGCUGUCAUAUCUUCAAUUUAUCUAAUAUUUGAUGUGGGUCUCGUAACUCUAAAUCAGUACAUUUUGCUUGACCCGAUCCUGCUUUUUUUCUUAACUGCUUCUGUUUGGGGAAUGACCAAGGCAUCGAUUCUUACGACAACUGGAAAAUCUUAUACACUUUCUUGGUGGGUUUGGUUAUUCUUUACUGGUACUAUGUUAGCUUGUACAACAAGUACCAAAUUCGUAGGCCUCUUUGUAGUUAUGCUCGUGGGUUUGCACACAAUCCAGCAGCUUUGGAUAAUUUUUGGAGAUAUGGGAAAACCAAUUAUAGAGACUGUCAAACAAAUUGCGUGUCGAACAAUUACAUUAAUUCUAUGGCCAAUUAUUUUAUACAUGUGUUUCUUUUACAUUCACUUGAAUGUAUUGAAUCGGAGUGGAACCGGUGAUGGAUUCUAUAGUUCUGCUUUCCAAUCACGUUUAAUUGGAAAUUCGUUAUACAAUGUCAGUAUGCCGCGAGAUGUGUCAUAUGGUGCAAUUGUGACCAUUAAAAAUCAUAAGACUGGAGGAGGUUAUUUACAUUCCCACUGUCAUUUAUACCCGAGGGGUAUUGGAGCCAGACAACAACAGGUAACUACAUAUACACACAAGGAUGAUAACAAUAAAUGGCUUAUAAAGCCCUACAACAAAGAUUCACUUAUUAACAUAAAAUAUGUAUCGCAUGGUGACUUAAUAAGACUAGAGCAUGUUGCUACUAGACGGAAUUUACACUCGCAUGGUGAACCAGCUCCAGUGACUAAAAGGCAUUUGCAAAUAACAGGAUACGGAGAGGACGGGCAAGGUGAUGCAAAUGAUAUUUGGCAAGUUCUAUUGGCUGAUGGUAAGCAAAACACCAGUAUUAAAACCGUUACAACGAAGUUUUUGCUAAUUCAUUAUCUCCAAAAUUGUGCGCUGACUACCAGCGGACAGCAACUUCCGAAAUGGGGAUUUGAGCAACAAGAGGUUUCUUGCAAUCCCAACUUGAGAGAUAAAAAUUCAUUUUGGAACGUGGAAGAUAAUCGAAACGAAAAAUUAUCAACUGUCAACCUCAACAUGUACGCCCCUAGUUUUUUUUCAACGUUUGUGGAAUCUCAUGCAGUAAUGUUUCAAGGAAACGCCGGACUUAAGCCGAAGGAAGGAGAACUAACAAGCAAACCUUGGCAAUGGCCUAUAAACUAUCGGGGACUACAAUAGGAAAUCUGCUCCAAAAAGAAACUUUAGUUCACUUGUUGGUGUAGAAUAUUCAACUACACCUGCCGGUACACAAAUUGAUUGGGCAUUUUCAAACAUGGAUCCUUCCCAUUUUAAUGCAAUUACGUUGGAGACAGUACACAGCUAUCAUGACAGUAUUUGUGUCUCUAUUUCUAACUAAUGUUUUCAGACUUAGUGCAAUAGCUCUUUAUUUUUAUUUAAAUAUAAUCGAAUUAGAAUGGUAUAGCUAUUUUGACAGUAAUUUUUAAGGCAAUUUUAAGAAACAUAUGUAUAUAAUCUAAUUAAGAAAUUUAAAAUUACAAGUAUAUGUAUAAUUUGUUAUUAUGUAUAUAAGACAUUAUUGUAUAAAUAUAUGAUAGAAAUUAAUAAAUUAUUCUAUAAAAA